GGAGGCGAGCCGGAGUGUAGCGCUUGCCGGAGAGCGCACGGCGAAGAUGCAGCUUCUUCUACCGGGCAGCAGCAGCAGCAGCAGGCGGGACCUGCCGCGGGCGGUGUUCUUCCUCCUGCUCCUGCGCACGGUGUGCGGCCAGGAGCCCCGAUGCCCGCCGGCCUGCGAGUGCCCCGCAGACCCGCCUCCCUGCGCCCCCGGCGUGGCGACGGUGUUGGACGGCUGCGCCUGCUGCCUGGUGUGCGCCCGGCAGCGGGGAGAGACCUGCUCGGAGCGGCUGCCCUGCCAGGAGAGCCGAGGCCUCUACUGCGAGCGCAGCGCGGUGGGGAGUGCGGCCGGCCCGGGCGUGUGCAUGGACCUCGAUGGAGACAACUGUGUGUUCGAUGGGAUGAUUUACAAGAGCGGUGAGACGUUCCAGCCAAACUGUAAAUACCACUGUACGUGCAGGGAUGGACAGAUAGGCUGUGUUCCGCGUUGUAACCUGGACCUCCUGCUUCCUGGCCCGGAAUGUCCCUUCCCAAGGAAAAUUGAAGUCCCCACAGAGUGCUGUGAGCGGUGGGCUUGUGACUCCAAAGAAGAUGUGGACUUGGGCAGCUUGGCGAUGGCAGCAUACAGGCCGGAAGCCACUCUGGGCAACGACGGGUCUGAUUCGGGCUCUAACUGCAUCGAGCAGACAACGGAAUGGAGCGCCUGCUCCACAACUUGCGGGAUGGGGGUCUCCACUCGCGUCACCAACAAGAAUCCAAUGUGCGAGAUGGUGAAGCAGACCAGACUGUGCGAGGUGCGACCCUGUGAAAAAGGCCUGCUGCUGGAGAAGAAGGGCAAGAAGUGCAUCCGAACCAAGAAAUCCCUAACAGCCGUUCGCUUGGAGUACAAGAACUGCACCAGCGUCCAGAUGUACAAGCCCCGCUACUGUGGUGUCUGCAGUGACGGACGGUGUUGCACUCCUCACAGCACAAAAACCAUCCACGUCGAGUUCCGCUGUCCCCAUGGAGGCACCGUCAAGCAUCCCGUAAUGGCGAUCAGUACCUGCGUUUGUCACGGCAACUGUCCUCAGGAUGACAACACUUUCUUCAGGAAGCUACACUGAAGAGGGCUGGACAGAAAUCGGAACUUGAAAAUUUUGGGGGGGGGAAGGGAUAUUUAAAUAAAAAAGCUUAGGUUUUAUAUAAUAUAAGUGCUGGA